AGUCUGUUCACCAGCUGCCGAUAUGAAUGGCUGUAUAACUGUAUGGGCUGCCUUGCAAACAUGAAUUAUUCACAGGACCCCUUCAGAGUGUGUGCUUGUGCACAUGCAUCUGUUUUGGAAAGCCCACAUAGGUGUUUGUGUACUAAAGCGAGGUCAAUCCUUGAAGUGUGUCAGCGAUACCAGCAGCUCGGGAGAGGCAGAAAGGCUCGGCAGACCCCCACCAUGCCUCCGGUGCACCUAAGAAGACAAGUGACACAGGAAAUGUCCUGACAUCUGGAAAACCAAAGACGAGGACAAAUCAUGCAAGUUUAAUUCUACGUAAUGGCUCCUGCCAAAUCACCAAGAAAGGCAAGAGGGGGUAAACAGAAAGUGGAGAAAAACAAGAAGGAAAAUGAAGAACCCGUUCAAAUUAAAAGAGGACGAAAGACAGGAUCUAGAAUUUCCGAAGAUGCUACUGAGGAUGACACAGGAAAAAGAAAGGAUGGAAAGAAAGAGAUGGAUGCUAAAGAGCAAGCCAAAAAUGCAGAUAUAGUCAGUAAAAGGAAGGCCAAAAAAGACGAGAACAAAAAUGAAAGGAUAGAGCAAGAUGAAGAUUCACAAAAUGAAGAAGAACUUCCAAAAAGAACCAAAAGAGGGAGGCAACAAAAUGGCAAAGCAGUACCUUCUGAGCAGACAAGAAACAGAGUUCCAGACAAAGCUGGCAAAGAUAAGGUUGACAAUAAGGUAGACAAAUCAACAAAAUCUAAUUCAAAAACUCCUCCAGCCAAAACAACCAAGAAAACGCCUGCAAAGCAUGCUAAAAGACGAGGAGCAAAGAUAGCGGACUCAGAGGAGGAGGAGGAGGAAUCUGACCCUGAGAAAGAAGAGAAGUCUGAACAACAGAGUGAGGAGGAUAGUGAUGAAGAGAAAGAAAAGGAGGAGGAGGAGGAGUCAAAGAAGGACGUAGAGGAGACUGUUGCUGCUGAGACAGAAGCAAGUAAAGCGAGCAGUGAGGAAGAAGCAUCCGACACAGAGAUCAAACCCGUGGAAGAGGUGAACGAAGAAGAAAAAGAGGAAGAUGUAAAAGAAUCUUCAGAAAGUGAAGUUGAAGAGAAGGACAAGCCAAUCAGUAGUGGGGAAGCGGAGGAGGAGGAGGAGGAGGAGGAGGAAUCACAAGAGGUGAUCAGCGAUACUGAAGCGGAUUCUGCCGAAGAAGACAAGAAGACAGAACCUGCUCUUCCAUCCAAGAAGAAAAAAGUUCUCGACCUUACUUCACACAUCCAGAGCCAUUCCAAAACAAUGCUGAAAUCUAAGAUACUACGCAAGAAGCAGCUUCCUCCGGCAGAAAGCAGCCCUAACAAUGAAGACCCUAAGCCUUCAGAAACCCCAGAAGUCCCAAUAAAAAGAAUGACUCUCAAUAAAGGUGAUGCAGUAAAGGGGAAGUCUAAGAUUCUAAAACUGGCAGGCAAAACAAAGGUAAUGAAUAAAAAGAAAGAUGAAAUGAUCCAGAAGGAAGAAGAAGAAAAAUUAGUGGCUCCAAUCAAAGGUCUUAAAGAUUCCAAAGUUUCCAAAGGUUUGCUCAACAAACAGUCACGGGUGUUAUUUACGAUGAAAAAGAAAGGCAAGAACGAUGGAGAUAAGACCAAGGUGUCCAAAGAAGAAGAGAAAGCAGAAGAAACUAAUGAAAAAGAAGAAGAAGAAGAAGAAGUAGAAGAAAAAAAAGAAGAAGCAAGUGUACAAAAACAAAAGCCAAACCUUCAGUCGGAGAACGUAAAACUAGCCUUGGGCAAGGUAAAGAUUCAGAAAAAGAAGAAAGACAAUGAAGAGCCAACAACAGCUGAAGCAACAGCAGAAACAGCUGAGACUGAAGAAGCCAUGUCAUCAAAAGCAACAGAGCGUCUUCUAGCACGAAAGAGAGGAAUGAAUACCUUGCGCCGUGUUUCUGGCUGGAUACAAAAGAAGAUGCCUACAGGUGUUGGCGUUCGACGAAAGCUUUCAGCAGUCACACAAGCAAUAGGUAUUUCUAAAUGGCUGCCAGCUCUUGUUCUGAAAAAGACGAGUUCCAGAGCGAGGUCUAAGAGUCUGCUUCGCCACAGGAUGGCCAUGAAGAUGGCUGGCAGUGUUGCGAAGUCUAGUAAGGGAGCACCAGAAGACGUUAAAACAGAGCAGAGAUCAGAUACUCAGCAUGAUCCUGAUGACCCUUGUUCAUCUCCACACGAUUCAGAAGAAAAGGCCAACCCAGGUGAUGCCAAAUAUGCCAUUGUCUUCCCCAGAAUGAACAAAGUCAGUAAGGCCAAAGACACUGUUGUUGCUCCUGCUAGCACCAGCACUAGCACUGGCACAGGUGGUGAUGUCUCUCCAGAGCGUAAACCACCAAAACCUGGUGCUCGCCUGGUGCUCCCAGUGAAGCCAGACUUUAGUCUGCUCAAGUCUGUGAAAAAGACUAGUGCUGCCAGCCAACCAGAAAGAAAUGACAGCUCUGAAGAACAAGUGUUAGAGGGUAGAAAAGAGGCCAAAGCCGACAAGAAAGCCCCCAUGUUUGACAGCAAAGAUGGUGCCAGUGCCCUGCUAGCAGCUAAGGGAAAGCUUGGGGGUCCACAGAUCAAUCUUACUAAACUAACCAUGUCUAAACAUCAGCUGGGAGGUGGUGGAGGCAUUCUGCAAAGCAGGGAUGUGGAACAGAAUGGUAGGAAUCAGGCAAUUCCAUCUGCAGAUGCUGGACCACAAAUAGAAGGCCUGGGGCCAUCUCUUUAUGAAGAGGAAGCAGAUAGAGAAGUAGAAGAACUGAUGGGUGAUGGUCUUUUCCCUUCAAAUAUGGAGCUCCACUGGGCCCAGUAUCAGCAAAUGUCAGGCGAUCCUCAGGACUGGCUUAGAAAUGAAAAUCUGCUGCCACAUCAAACCGUAGAGAAGCUUACGAAGUGGACCGUGUACCAAGAUGAUGACCAUGCUUAUACUGUGCCCAACCACAAUGGCAGGGGUCCAUGGGAGUCGGAGGAUCCAACUCAGAAUAUGUUGGAGGACAGACUCAUCAGCACUCAGGUGCUCAUGCCAGGAAGCAGCCAGGCUGUGGAGGUGGAUGAAGUGGAGGACUUGUCACAACUGGAAGAAGUGUGUGAGAGCUCAGUGCUGCUGAAUCUGAAGAAGCGAUUUCACCGGGAUUCCAUUUAUACGUAUAUUGGCGAUAUGCUGCUGUCAGUCAACCCCUUUCAGCCUGUGAAUAUCUUCACAGAGGAAAUAAGACAUCAGUAUCAGGGCAAGGAGAAGCACAAUAACCCACCCCAUGUUUAUGCCAUUGCGGAUGCUGCAUUUUCCCUGUCCCAAAACACUACACAAGAGCAAUGCAUAGUCAUAAGUGGUCAGAGUGGCUCUGGGAAAACUGAAGCAGCCAAACUUAUUGUCCAUUACCUGAGCUCCAUGUAUCAGGGUAGAAACGACAAUCUCCGUCAGCCUAUGGAUGUUCUGCCUAUAUUAGAGAGCUUUGGAAAUGCCAAGACUAUACUCAACAACAACUCUAGCCGUUUCGGCAAAUACCUACACAUUCACAUACGGCAUGGAACUGUUGUCGGGACUUCUUUGUCAAAGUAUCUCCUUGAGAAAUCACGUGUUGUUUUCCAGGCCAGUGAAGAAAGAAACUAUCAUGUGUUUUAUGAGCUCCUGGCUGGGAUGAAUCAGUGGGACCAGCAGACUCUAUAUCUGCAAGGAGCCGAGACUUACUACUAUCUCAACCAGGGCGGCGCCUGUGAGCUGCAAGGAAAGCAUGACAAGCAAGACUUCCUGCUUCUUGUGCACUGCUUGGAGACCAUUGGCUUACAUGCGGAUCAGAUAGCCACCAUAUGGGCCAUCCUGUCAUCUAUUCUACAGCUGGGCAACAUCUGCUUCAGCUCAUAUGAGAGUGAGUCUUUUGAGGUGGCAAGGAUUUUUAGUGAGGCUGAAGCUCGCAGAGUGGGUAACCUGUUACAGGUGUCAGCCGAAGCCCUGCAGACUGUUAUUACACACAGAGUCACUGAAACUACUUACGACAGGAUCUACUGCCCUCUUUCUGUGGAAAGUGCCAUUGAAUCCAGGGAUGCCAUUGCCAAGGCCCUUUACUCUGUGCUCUUUGAUUGGCUGCUUGAACAAAUCAAUGAGUGGUUGAUCCCCACAGAGAUGGACAGCACUGUAGGCAUCGUGGACAUUUAUGGGUUUGAGGACCUGGGUGUGAACAGUUUCGAGCAGCUGUGCAUUAAUUUUGCAAAUGAGCAACUCCAGCAAUUUGUGAAUAAAGCAGUAGUGACACAGGAACAGGAGGAAUAUAACUCAGAGCAGAUUCAGUGGUAUCCUGUGACCCUGCAGAGCUUCCACCCCUGUCUGGAACUCAUUUCUGCUCGUCCAUACGGCAUCCUCCGCAUCCUCGAUGACCAAACCUGCCUCCCACAGGCUACAGAUCACACAUUCCUGCAGAAAUGUCAUUAUCAUCAUGCCAGCAACCCGUACUACGCCAAGCCCAAGAUUCCUCUGCCUGUCUUUACUGUGUAUCACUAUGCAGGAGCUGUAACCUAUCAGGUUCACAACUUUCUCAACAAAAACCAUGACCUGUUUCGAGCAGAGGUAUUAGAGCUCUUCGCCCGCAGCAGAUCACAGAUGGUGUCAGGUGUGUUCCGUAAGGUGCAGGAACGCUACCUGCAGCAGAGAGAGCUGGGCUUCAGAGGGAAAAGCCACCGACACCAAGCCUCUACUGUAGCAGCACACUUUCAGCAAUCACUCACCGAGCUCAUCACACGGCUGGAGAGGUGUAAGACUACAUUUAUCCGAUGUUUUAAGCCAAACUAUGUCAAGCUCCCUGGAUUAUUUGACGUGGACUACAUCACUACACAGCUGAGACAUGGAGGAAUCCUGGAGACUAUUCAUAUCAGAAAGGAGGGAUUUCCUAUCCGCAUCCCUUUCAAGUACUUCGUAGAAAGAUAUGGGGUGUUGUUAGCACAGAAGCCUGCACACCUCUCUGAUAAAGAGCUCGUUGUUUCCCUGCUGGAAGUCAUUGGCACUGAAGAUGGUCAGUUCCAAUUAGGAAGGACUAAGGUGUUUAUGAAGGAGUCUCUGUACCAGCGGGUGGAGGAGAAGUGGAGCAGCACCCAGACCUGGGCAGCCAUCACCAUCCAGAGGAACAUCCGCGGGUUUAUCUGCAGACGCAACUUUCGCUUCUUCAAACAGAAAGCUAUCGUCAUCCAGUCCCACAUCAGGGGGCACCAGGCCAGGAAGUAUUUUAAAAGACUGAAGAACUCCUUCACCCAGUUCUGGGCGACCAUGAUGAUUACCAGGAAUACUGUCAAGAGACGGCACUGGAGGGAACACGAGGAGAGAACCAGAGUGAAACACACGGCCAAACACACACGUUCUACCUAUUCAGGGAUGGAUGUGGGAAUGUUGGAGAUUCCGGCUGAACUUUCAGCCAGGUUACGGAGUGCAGCAGGUCGUCCACAGGGCUCAGGGGUCACAGAAGUUGCCCCACCACAGGUCAAAGCAGAGCACAAGCUCUCCUUACCCCACAAUAUUGACAGCUACCCGUUCUCACGAUAUGCCAACACAGUUCUAAAGGAUGGAUGGUGCCAGGCUCAAAGUCAGUCCCUCCAGAGACCACUCACAUCUCUGGAGCCAGAGGAUGCUCGCACAGCUCUGGAGAUAUUCAAACUGAUCCUGCGUUUCUGUGGAGACUCAGAGCUGACUGGCUGGCAGGAGCAGAUGUUGGGGAGCUACAUUGUGGAGAAGGGCCAGACGAGACCUUCACUCAGGGAUGAGAUUCUGGCCCAGCUAGUUUACCACACCUGGGGCCGGGAGGGCGAGGAGGGCUCCCUGAGGGGCUGGCUGCUCCUGGCCUGCUGCCUCAGUGCCUUCACCCCUUCCCCUACCCUGGACAAACCGCUGCUGAAGUAUGUGUCAGACCAGGGUCCAGGAGAAUACCGAUCUCUGUGUCAGCAUAAGCUGCUCACGUCUCUCCAGCUGCCCACGCCUGCCUGCAGACAUCAACCACCCACUCAGCUAGAGUGGACUGCCAAUCAGAGGAAAGGGAAGAUGGUUGUGGAUGUCAACACCUUUAAUGAGGAGAUGCUGACAGCAGAGGUGGAGUCCUGGACCACAGGAGAACAGCUGGCCUCCUGGCUACUGAGCUUUAGGGGUGUUCCUGAGGCCCUUCAGGGCUGGUCUGUGUCUCUGCUGGCUGGAGAAGGCUGGACUGACCUGAACGGCUCUGAUUAUGUGAUGGAUCUGUUGGCUGGAGUGGAGGCUGAUUUUGCUAUGGGUCAAUCAUCUGACCACCCUGAUUAUCUCUUCAGUGACUUUGGGGACAGCAGGAUGUCACCAGAUAUUGAUGACUUCAUCCCUCCUGCUCCACCCAUGCAAGCACCUGGCCUCCCUCCUGUAGACAGAGCAGAGUGGGAAAGCUUUGGUGCACCUAGAAGAUCUCAGGGAUCCCGAGGUCCUCAGAUGGACUCCUAUGUGGAUGACCUGUUCGACCCUGUGCUAGAUCAGGGCCCUCCGGACUUUGAACGCAUGGCCAUGCUGAACCGCAGAAUGAGAGGAGGAGGAGGGAUGCAGCCCAGCAUGUUUACUGGAGCAGGUGUUCCAAUGACAGUUCCUGGUUAUUCUAUGGGAAUGCCAGCCAUGAAUCCAGCCAUGGCAGGCUAUGGUGCAAUGAUGCCAAACAUGAUGCCCAUGGCUUCUUCGAUGCCCAUGAUGCAGCCCAUGAUGCCAGGUAUGAUGAUGCCAGGUGCCAUGCCCCAAACUCCUGUGCUUGCCACCCCACCAGCUGUCACCCCCCAGCAGCUGGCUGAACAACAGCAAACCUUCAUUAACCAGCAAGCUUUGCUCAUGGCCCAGCAGAUGACAAUGCAGGCUAUGACACUGUCCCAGCAGCAGCAGAUGGAGCAGCUGCAGAAACAGCGCCAGCAGCCCCAGCCUCAGCAGCAGCAGCCUCAGCAGCAGCAGCCACAGCAGCGGCCUGAGCCGACACGUCUGCAGCCUCCUCCCCCUCCUGCAGCAAAACCAUCUUUAAACCGUCCCCCAACACAACAAGAUACUAGGCCACCUAUGCAGCCAGUCAGUCCCGAGCCUGUAGGCCAAGGUGAUCCAUCCAACUAUAGUCAGCCAGAAUCCUUCAAUGAGAAAAGGGCCUUUUUCCAGAGCAUUGGAAAUCCGGAAGCUCGGCCGAAACCUGCUCCAAAAGUUGCUAAGCCACUGAUCUACGCGCCCCCACCGCAGACACAGCCCACCUCCCCUGUGAAACCAGAAGCAAAGCCACUUCCUGAACCACCUAGAAGAUCAGAGUCACCCAAACCCGGGAGGGUGUCUCCUCAAGCUUCUCCCACCAAACCAGAGCCCAGUAGCAACAUCAGAGAAAUUAUCAAACAGUACCAGAGCCGACCAACUCCUCAGCCCAAGGCCUUUGAGCCUGUCAGGGUUCCUUCCAAACAGUUCAGGAAAAAGAAUGACCCUAAAGAGGAAGCGCUGGCCCUCCUGAGAGGUAAAGGACCGGUCCCUCAGCAGAAGAAACAGUGGGUCUCUCCUCCAGAACCCAAAAAACAGUUUCCUCCUGCUCCCCCACCCCCUGAAAAACCUGCUCCUCGCUCCAUCUCCAACAAUAUGAGACAGAAGCAGCUCUCUCUAGCUGACCUCUUCGGCUCCCAGCGCUCUCAGGCUCCACCCCCACCUCCUCCAGACUCUGCCCCACCUCUGCCCGAUGACAUCCCUGAACCGCCCCCAAUGGCUGCACCUGGACUCGAUGAUGUGAAGAGAAUGGCCGACGAGGAGAGUGUUCGCUCUCAGCUACACAAGUUUUCUGCCAGUGUUUACUUCUCCUACUCUCAGAUGCCUGGCAAACUUUUCCUGCGCAAAGAGUUGUUCUACCCCAGAGAGAAAUUCAACCAUCCUUACGUCCUUAAUUUACUGUGUGAGCAGAUUAUGAGAGACACCUACUCAGAUUCCUGCGUGAGAAUUUCACGCGAAGAGCGGCGCAAAAUGAAGGAUCUGCUGGCGAGCUUUCACAUUGGAACGAGCAUCAGCGCUGUGCCGGAUGAUGCUAUGAAGAAGAGGGUUGUCAUGGCAGCGAGAGACAAUUGGGAAAAUUAUUUCACACGUCUCUACCCUGUGAAAGGAGGAAACGGAGGUGAUGCUCAGCUUCUUGGUGUUUCUCAUCGAGGCAUCAGACUGCUGAAAGUGGCCCAAGCAUCAGGCAUCAACCCGAGACACCUAAAACUGCUGCGUAGCUACAGUUAUGCAGAGCUGUUGUCUGUGGAGCAGCAGGGUGUUGGGACAGUUCUAUUCUGUCUGAAAAGUGAGGAGCUGAAGAUACACUCUCCCCAAGCUCCUCAGAUCAGCGCAGUAGUGAGCCUCUUCCUCACCACACUCACUAAGGGCUCAGAAUAUGUGGUUGCGCUGAAGAGCUACGUGACAGAUGACAAGAGCCUGCUCAGUCUCCAGAGAGGCGACGUCAUCAAACUGCUGCACAUGGAUGGGCUUCAGGAAGGGUGGAGGUUCGGCUCUGCAGGGGGUCGCUCUGGUCUCUUCCCGCUCGACGUCACUCAGCCUUCUGCACCACCAGACUAUCACAGCACCAACAUGGAGCGCCAGCUUGAGAGGAGAAAAAGCAUGAGGGCCUCUGGAAGCUCCUCAGUGCCCUCCAGUGGUCGUUCAGCUGAGCCCAGUAGGCCUGUGGGCUCGGCAUCCAGUGAGCCCACUGUGGAGCGAGGCGUGGAAGAGGGGUCGAUCCAGGGCUCGGAGUUAGACCUCCAGCAGUACCACAUGACUGAGUUUGCCAUGAAGUUCUUCCGAGAAGCCAUUCUGAGGGCCAAUGAGAGAGGUCAGCCCAGUGAUGUAAAGAGCCUUGAGGAGAUGGUCCAGCAUACUGCAGAGCCCAUCAAGGAGUCUCUCAUCCUCUAUUCAGACAAUGAACUCAAUGUUCUGGGGGCCCAGUGCUUCAAAAAUGUAAUGCAGUUUAUGAAUGAUCGACCCAUGAAGAAGGACCAGACGGAGGAAAUGUGUGUGAACUCCAUUCUACAGCUUGGAAAAGAGAAGGAGUUCCUCAGAGAUGAGAUAUACUGCCAGACCAUCAAACAGACAACAAACAAUCCAGUCAGAGAGAGCUGUACACGAGGCUGGCGCCUGAUGAACCUGCUCACAGGCUUCUUCCCAUCUUCCAACACUUUACUGCCCUACCUUAUGCAUCAUCUACAGAGGUGCGGUCAGGAUCCUAACCACCCCUACCAAGAGCUGUCUCAUGUGUGUGAAGAUAAUCUAAAACGCUCACUGGCCUACGGAGGACGCAGACAUAUUCCUUCCCACACAGAGAUACAAGUACUUUUGGCUGGGCGUAACAGUCGUCGUCUACCUAUUGUGCUCCCAGGUGGAGUGGACUUCCCAUGUAAAGUCCGCAGCUUCAGUGUGGCGCAGGAGGUGGUGUCAGACAUUUGCUCAGAGAUGGGUGUGAUUAAUCCAGCGGAGGUGCAAGAAUUUUCCAUCUAUGCCACACAGAGAAAGAGUGGAGAAGUGCGUCCCAUCCACCCUAAUGAGUAUCUGUUUGACUUCCUGCUUGACGAUGGCUCAAUCAUCCUCUCUUUCCAUCGACUCGUCUGGCAGCACCCCCUGCACUUUGACAAUGACCUCUAUGUGGAGUUUCAUUACCAGCUGGCUCUGGCUGACUAUCUGGAUGGAAAGCUCCUGCCUAGCAACAGUUCCGCAGCUCAGCAGAGGGUGGCAGAGUUGGCUGCACUUCAGCACAUUGCUCUGGGCUUGACUCAGCAACCCACUAUGCAAGGGAUGAAGGAGUAUGUUCCCAGUCUGAAUGGACUGACUCUUAAUGAACUGCACAGUGCUACACUGAGACAGCUGUCCGUCACUCCAGCUCUCAGCUCUUUGGAAGCCAAAGUUCAAUUUCUCAAGAAUAUAAGUUCACUGCCCCUGUUUGGCUCCAGCAUAUUCACGGCUCAGAAAGUCAGUCAUCCCAGUUGCCCAUCUCCCUGCUUGGUGGUCGUAAACUUCCAGACUAUCAGCAUCGUUCACCCAAAUACCCAGGCGGCAUCAUUAACAAUCCCAGUAGAGGAGGUGCAGACCCUGCGCUCUGUCCAUCCCAAGAAGGAGAAAGUGCCAGCAGUGGAGAUCAACGUCGGUGAUCCGUCUCGACCCAAAAUCAUCACCAUUUAUCUGAAACAGGCAAAAGAGCUGUGCCACGUCAUUGCUGUAUUCAUGGAAGUGCUGGCCGGCGCACCCGCACCCAGCCGGACAGGAACCCCCCAGUAACCCCACAGUAGCCCAACACCUGUGUAAUCCCAGUUCUGUACUUUACCACACUGCCUUAUCUAAUAUUCACUUACUGACAGAUCAGUAGUUAUUAUAUUAUACUGAUAUUCGUUAUAAGAUUAGUGAUUAGACAUAAAUAAAAAAACUAUUUAUGAAGGUAGCCGUUCAAAAUCAACCAGUCUUUCUCUGCUUAGUAAUCAGACCUUCCUUUAUAUAAUAAUUAAAUUAUUUUAGAACUGAGAUGCUGAGAUUGUAUUGUAUCAGAUUUAUUUUAAUAUAUAUGUGUUUGUUCUUUAUUAUUUGCAUAUUGCAUAUUAUUUUAAUUACAGAAAAUCAAUAAUUUGUGUACAGUCAAAGAAAUCUUUCAGAAAUGUUAAAAAAUUAUUUUAAGUAUGUCUCUGAAAACCAUCAAGAUGUAUUUUCAAUAAAAUGAUUUUCCAGCUGCA